AUGCUCUCCUACGACUCCCCAAUGUCCGUCAACGGUGUCAACGGACAGCCGCCCAAGUCCCCGGGGAGCCUUACCAAUGGCAUUCAGCAAGCCGUCGCCUCCAAGGCCCAGCCCAUAGUGCCUGGGGUUCCGACUUCCGCGAGCAACGCCGCCCACGUCAACGGAUCUCUGGACACAAAGUACCACCACAUUUGGCUAGUUACCGGCCCGGCUGGUUGCGGAAAGACUACGGUGGCCGAGUAUCUGGCGCAAAGCCUGAAGCUUCCCUACAUCGAGGGAGACAGCUUCCACCCCAAAGCCAAUAUCGAGAAGAUGGCCAACGGAAUCCCCCUGACCGACGCCGACCGAUGGGACUGGCUCGUUGCGUUGCGCGAGGAGUCCCGACACCAGCUUGCCGCAGGCUCUGACGGAGUUGUCCUGACGUGCUCUGCACUGAAGCGCAAGUACCGGGACGUCAUCCGCGUUGCUGGAUACUACGACCGCUCGAUUCUCAUCCACUUCAUCUACCUCUCAGCCUCCGAGGACGUCCUCGUACAACGCGUUACAGCCCGCAGCGCCUCCACCAACCACUACAUGGGCGCCAACAUGGUUCGCAGCCAGUUCCAGUCAUUGGAACCCCCCAUGGACGAUGAGACGGACGUUAUCAGCGUCGACGUCAGCCGCAGCAUCGAUGAGGUCAAGCGCGAUGCCUUGGCCCGCGUCACAGCCAUGAUGGAGAAGGAAGAUGAGCAAUAG